AUGGCGGGGCGUCGGCCGAGCGUGGACCAGGUCGAGGCGCAGGCGCUGGAGGCCGCCGCGGGGCUGCGCUCCGCGGGCGCCAAGCUCGUGUGCAUCGACUUCGACGCCACGUUCGUGGCCGUGCACACGGGCGGCCGCUGGACGCGCUCGGCCGCCGAGCUGCGCGUGCACGUGCGCCGCUUCUUCCUGCUGCUGGUGCCGCUGCUGUGCGAGGCCGACGUGAGCGUGGCCAUCGUGACGUUCAGCCCGCAGGUGGCGCUCAUCCGCGACGUGCUGUGCCUGAGCUUCGCGGCCUCCGUGGCCGAGCAGCUCGUGGUGCGCGGCGACGACCGGUCCUGGACGCUGGCCCACGCGCAGACCACGGACUUCGCGCCGCUGUGGCAGACGGACGGCCGCCACUUGGACCGCAAGUUCAAGCUACCCUUCGUGAUCUCGGCCGCGCUCGAGGUGCAGCGCCGACGCGGGGCUGUCGUCUGCAAUCGAGACACUGUGCUCAUCGAUGACGAUGCCGUCAACAUCCGGGUGGCCAACGACAGCGGCGUCGUGGGCGUCUACUUCGACCCGCAGCAAGAGGACGUGGAAGAGUUCUGCAGGAGCAUCAGGAAGCUGCGAGCCGCGGGGAAGGAACAGGAGAAGCAGAAGGAGCCGGAGCCUGCGCCCACGCCGUUGAGAACGCCCAGUAAAAAGCCCCGGUCCGGGGCUGGUGGUGUCAAGUUGGUGGCCAAGGAGCACAGGUUCCUGGCCACUGGCACAGGCAGUGGCAGUGGGGCCAGGAGGCGACUGGGUAUUGGGCCCGGCAGUGGAGGCGCCCGCACCUCGACGUUCAACAUGUGCACGCCGUCGCCGGUCAUGAAGUUGAAGUGCAGCGUGGACAUGGGCCGACCGAGGUCCAAGCGCGCGUCCAGGAUUAUGAGAAACUAUAGGAAAGAGAUGGAGGCGGCUUUGCCCGUGGUGGCCGAGACAGCGACGUCCACGUUUUCAGUCGAGGUGCCGACGACGCCGAAGAAGCAGCGAGAAGCCCUGCUAGGUAUGUAG